GCUCACAUAUUGGCAAUGCCGCUACAAGUAGUUGGUCAACCCUGCUGUCUAGUUAGAGUUUGAUUUAUUUACAUUUCAAUACAUUUUUUAUUUAGCAAGACAACGCUCAAAAACGAAUGAUAUGAGAAUAAAUAAUUAGCCAACGUUAAAAUAUAAGGCAGUACGUUUCCAGAUAACCAAUGAGCAAGAUGACGGCCCCAAAAAGCACCACCAACUUACUGAAACAGCUGAGAAGCUCCAUGCAGAAUCAAAACUUUGUCUCCGAACCAAUAGCCGCUUAUAUCAUACCAUCUGCGGACGCUCACAACGGAGAAUAUUUGGCAGAUUGUGAUAAAUACAGAGCAUUUAUUUCCGGAUUCAAUGGGUCAGCUGGAACAGCUAUUGUUACUGAUAAACAAGCUUGUAUGUGGACUGACGGACGGUAUUGGUUGCAAGCUCGGGAGGAAAUGGAUGAUAAUUGGACUUUGAUGAAAGAGGGAGACCCGAAUACUCUAAAAACUGAUCAAUGGCUAAUAAAAACCUUACCUAACGGUUCCAAAGUCGGCGUAGACCCGACACUCUUCACCCACGAAAAAUUCUCACCGCUACAACAAGAGCUUGAAACAAUCGGUCACAAACUGAUACCCGUAAAACAAAACCUGGUGGAAUUACUGUGGAGCGACCGUCCGCAACGCCCUUUAAACCCAGUCAAACCUCUCCCUGUAACCUUUACGGGAAAAACCAUCAAAGACAAAAUGUUGGAAGUUAUCGCUGCAAUGAACGAAAAAAAGGCGAAGUACUUUGUCGUGACCGCCCUCGAUCAAAUCGCUUGGGUUUUAAAUUUGCGAGGGUCCGACAUUGAAUACAAUCCGGUCUUUUUCUCUUACCUGAUCAUCAAGUCUGACGCCACAUUCACUUUGUUCAUAGAUCCUCGACAAGCCAGCGAAGAGGUUAAGGAACAUCUCAAGUCAGAAGCUGGAUGUGUUUUCACUAUAGAACCGUAUACGCGUAUCGAGGAAGCCCUUAAAGAAAUCAGUACAAGUUUGGAUCAGUUCGUUUGGUUCAGUGAAUUCUCCAGUUAUGCCUUGACGAGCAUCAUUCCUAAGAAACAUUUAUUAUUGACCUCGACCACCCCCAUAGAGCUAAUGAAAGCUGUGAAAAACCCAACGGAAGCACAAGGAAUGAGAAAUGCUCAUAUCAAAGACGCGGUGGCGCUUUGCUGUUACUUUUCCUGGCUGGAAAAAAAUGUCGCGAGCGGAAACGUUACCGAAGUAUCCGGGGCAGCAAAGUUACACGAGUUAAGGAAAUUACAGGCGGAUUUUAUGGGGGAUAGCUUCGAAACAAUUAGUUCAGUAGGUCCCCACGGGGCCAUAAUUCAUUACCAGCCCAGUAAAGCCACUGAUGUACCUAUAAGAACUGAUUGCUUAUAUUUAUGCGAUUCUGGUGCUCAGUAUAGGGAUGGCACUACUGAUGUGACAAGAACUUGGCACUUCGGCACCCCAACCGAAUAUGAAAAAGAAUGUUACACCAGGGUGCUUAAGGGCCAAUUGCAGCUCGCUUCUCGCAUAUUCCCAACCAAACUUAAAGGAAAUCAUUUGGACUCGUUUGCAAGGGAGUUCUUAUGGGACGUCGGGCUAGAUUAUGGGCAUGGUACCGGACAUGGUAUCGGGCAUUACCUUAACGUCCAUGAAGGACCCAUGGGGAUUUCCUGGAGGGUUUUGCACCAAGAUCCCGGCUUGGAGGCCAACAUGUUCCUCUCCAACGAGCCCGGUUACUACGAGGAUGGCAAAUUUGGAAUGAGAAUUGAGGAUAUUGUGCAGGUGGUACCGGCCAAUACGCCGCAUAAUUUCAACAAUCGGGGUUUCUUAACUUUUGAUACGAUCACGUUGGUGCCGAAGUCUAUUAAUUUGAUUAAUGUGAAAAUGUUAACUGAUGGUGAGAUAGAGCAACUGAAUAAGUACCAUCAGUUGUGCAGGGAUGUAGUGGGACCGUUGUUGGAGAAGGCGGGAGAGGUCGAAGCUAAGGAGUGGCUGUGGAGGCAAAGCACACCCAUUUCCAGAUAAUUUUUUUGAGGUUUUUAUCGAGUGAUGUUAAGUUUUCGUUAUAAUGUAAAUAUAUUUUAUUUCUUUAAAUCAGCGUCAUUAAAGUAAAUCUGCAAAAAAUUGGCAUAAAUAUCAAUAAAAUUCAUUUUUUCAUCCAAAUAA